AUGAAGCACGAGUGCUCAAAUUGCCAUGUUUGGAGUAAUUGUUACAGGAAACUUACUCCUAAACUGUAUUAUCAUGCAGCGGAAAGGAGAAUAAAAUUGGAUAAAAGCUGUUCCUACAUUUGUAAUACCUGCUAUUGCCGACUUUAUCGCUUUAUCAAGAAAGGAAACGAGCCAGCAGCUCCAAGUGCAGUUAAUAUAGAAUGUGAAAAUCAAGAACUCACCGUUUCUGAACCAUCGAAACUUGAUGAUCUCGCCGUUGCCGGACCAUCAGGCACCAAUAAUUUCGCCGUGGCGGGACCAUCUAGAGUGAACAAUUUCCCCGCACCAGCAAACAUCAAUAAUGGUGGUUUCGAAAUAAUCGAUCCCAAUGCCGUUGGAUCAUCGGAAAUUGACGCUGUUCCUAGUGUUGAAUCUUUGUUUUCUUUGGAAUCAACGAGUGCUGAAUCAAUUGGUAGCGCUGGUGCCCAGAAACCCGGAGACGGCCAGGAAAUUCUUCAACAAAUGAAGGCAAAAUUUGAUGAAAUAUCUGACAGAAACGAUCGAUAUAGGAUUCUAACUUCCCUUCCCAAAUCCUGGACUGCAUACAAAAUGAUGCAAGAAUUCGGUGUUUCGCAACGAACUGCUCAACGUGCAAAGAAAUUACAGAUUGAAAAAGGUUUUAUGAGCACACCGGAGACCAGAGUAAAUAUGUUGUCUUUGAGCGAUGAUACUCUAACUGUAGUUAGGGACUUUUAUAAUAGUGACGAGAUGAGCAGAGCAUGUCCUGGGAAAAGGGAUUUCGUUAUUGAAAAUAUGGCAGGAGAAAAAGUGCAUGUACAGCGCAGGUUACUUUUAUGUAACCUUCGUGAAAUUUAUUCAAUUUUCAAAGAGCAAUAUUUUACUUUUUAAAUUGGAUUUUCAA